AACCUGAUCAAAGAGGCAAAAACAGUCCAGCGAGACGUUCAUGUGACUUUUCUCCAACAUGUGAAGAUUACCCAGAGAUCCAGCGUGUGCCGCAGGCGUCCCCUGUGAUUCCCCCUCAUCCCGCUCCAUCAGAACCCGUCAGAACGACCCGUCUGACUCCUGCUCCAGCUCUGAUGUGCCUCUGGAUCAACACCUGUAUGAAGACAUUUCAGAACUGCUGGACGGCCAUCAGGAUGGAGGAGAUGUUUGCGCAGCGAAGGGGAAACGUUACUCAUCCUCCAGCUUGACGGAUUUUUGUGAUUUUCAAGUCAAAAGUGGGCUGUUGCCAGAGAAGCUCGUGUCUCACACCCUGCAGACAGACAGAAACAAGACCUCGAGCAUUAAACAUCUACAGAAGAUGGCAAACCCUUCUGCUCCUCCUCUGCCAGCAGCACGAACUGUGCCUCCAGGGGCCCAGAAGAAAAGCUUGUGUCUCACACCCUGCGACAAGACCUCGAGCAUUAAACAUCUACAGCAGAUGGCAAACCCUUCUGCUCCUCCUCUCCCAGCAGCACGAACUGUGCCUCCAGGGGCCCAGAAGUUGGUGGGGAUGAAUGAGUCUCCUCAGGGCGGAGAGCGCCACCCACUGGCUGCUGGGCCACACAGCAGCUAUCAGAACUACUACAGUGCACAACCAAAAAUGGAGUUCAAAAUACAGAGGAAUAUCUUUGUCAUCACAGCUCCGCCGGAUCAGUUGGCUGGAGGAUAUCAGAACUGUGGCUCACAGGACAAGAAAAGCCCAUGGAAGGGGAACAAUUUCAGAGGAUCUACAGAUCACUCAGGGGUUUCAGAUUCCAGGGCAGGUGAAAGUUUUGAAAAAACUCUUAAGCGCUUUGUUUCUCAUCUGCCAUUUUGUGCAAACUCUAUGCAAAGACAUAUCUCUGAGCUACAUGAAGUGGCUGAUAGCCUGGACAAGACACACAAAGGGACGAGAAUCGCUGGCAUCACAGGCGGCACCACCGGAGCCGUGGGCGCAGCGGCAGCCGUGGGCGGCAUCCUCCUGGCCCCCGCGACUAUGGGCUUGUCUCUAGCGGUCGCUGCGGUGGGAGUCGGGGUCGCAGCCGCUGGCGGGGUCACAGGGGCCUCGGCUGCCAUUACCAAGAAAGUAAAAACAAAUCAAGUCAGGAAAAAGGUGGAAUCAGUCUUGAAAGAGCACCAAAAGGAGAUGAAUGACAUUGAGGACCACUUAAAUAAUAUCAACACAGAGAUGGAGAAACUCAAAAGUGUGAACGUGAAACCUGCAAAGAUCGUGAAGCUAGUCGAGAUAGCAAGUGGGACAUCAGGUGCCCUCAGCGUGAUGAACAGAUCCUCAGGUGUGAUUCAGGGCUUUGCCCUUGGCAUGGAUCUUUUCUUCAAUGAAAAAGAUUCCCAAAAACUCAAGAAAGGGUCAAAGACCAGAUUUGCCCAGCAGAUCCGUGAGGUGGCAGAACAGAUUCAGGCUGGUCUAACAGAGCUGUUGGACAUGAGAGAUAAACUGAUCUUAGAAGGGAUAUGAGGCGUGAUACUGUAAAAACUCUGUAUAAUGGUGGUGAAUGACUUGUUGCUUCAGUAAUGGUCGCUAGAGGGCGGCCUUGUGCAGUUUCUUAUAAUAACUUUGCAUUCUCUUGUGUAGCCAUGUAUUCUAAUGCUGUAUCUUUACAAAAGUGUCAAAUAGUAAUACAUUUUUUUUUUUUCUGAAAUUGAAUUGCUGUUUGAAUUACUAUCAUUCAUGACAUUAUUUCUCCAUUCCAUAAUUAAUAAUUGGUAACACUUUACAAUAAGCUUUAGUUAACAUAAGAACGAUGAACAUUACUUCUAAUCUUAAUGUUAAUCUCAGCAUUACUAAUACAUUAUUAAAAUCAAAAGUUGUAUUUGUUUACAUUAGUUAAUGCACUGUGAACUAAC